UUUGCUUCGCUCCUCCUACGAAGAUGUGGCUUCUGGAAAAGCUCCUCGCCGCCCCGCUGAAACACUGGGACGUGCCCCGGAGAAUCGGAGCGGAAGCCUUGCUCUUUGAAAUCGCGUUUAACAUCGUGAUCUGGGCACUUUCCCUUUAAGAGGAAUCCAUGCGCCGGUGGCAAUUUGGCAAAAUAAAAUCUUCCACUUGCCCUUAAGUCGUCCUUUUCAGGCUGUGUCCAUCACUGGUUUCCACGGGAAUUGAUGGGAUCAGCUGAUUUCCCUCAGACCGGCGUCUCUCCUGGUACAAGCUUGUGUUGUUUCUAUUUUAAUGGACCAACCUGUGUCAGGGUGAGCGAGCGGGAAUAAAUGGUCUUUGUUCCCAGGUGAGGCGGAGGGACCCUGCAGGCGAGGGAUGCGGAAUCGAUGCUCCUGAAACCUUACCGCGGCAACUCAUAUUCUGCUUUUGGCAUCGGAGGUGGUUACCUACACCCACGAUGCUGGCGAGGAAGGGCAUCAUCCCAGACGAGUACCUGCUGACCAGAUUAGUGGAGGACAACCUGUCACAGCCCCGAUACUGCACCAGGUCGAGGAAGGCCCGUUUCGUCUCAAAGAACGGAGGCUGCAAUGUGGCCCACAAGAACAUCCGAGAGCAGGGGCGCUUCCUUCAAGACGUUUUCACCACCCUGGUGGACCUUAAGUGGCCGUACACGUUGGUGAUCUUCACCAUGUCCUUCCUGUGCAGCUGGAUUGUGUUCGCCAUGCUCUGGUGGCUCAUUGCCUUCGCCCACGGAGACUUGGAUGCUGGGCAGGAGGGGGCCGUGCCUUGCAUCACCAGCAUCAAGUCUUUCACCUCUGCCUUCCUUUUCUCCAUCGAGGUGCAGGUGACCAUAGGGUUCGGCGGCAGGAUGGUGACAGAGGAGUGCCCGAUGGCCAUCACCAUCCUUAUCAUCCAGAACAUAACGGGCCUCAUCGUCAACGCCGUCAUGCUGGGCUGUAUUUUCAUGAAGACCGCCCAGGCCAACCGCAGAGCGGAGACCAUCAUCUUCAGCAAGCACGCGGUCAUAGCGCAGAGGAACGGUAAGCUCUGCUUCAUGUUCCGGGUGGGCGACCUGAGGAAGAGCAUGAUCAUCAGCGCGACCAUCCGAAUGCAACUGGUGAAGAAGACCACUACGCAGGAGGGGGAGGUGAUCCCCAUCUCCCAGAUCGACAUCCAGGUUGAGAACUCGGUGCAACCCAACGCCAUCUUCCUAGUGUCCCCCCUGAUCAUAAGCCACACCAUUGACGAGAAGAGCCCGCUCUACGCUCUGUCCGAGUCUGAUCUCCAGCAAGAAGAUCUUGAGGUGGUGGUCCUGCUGGAAGGUGUGGUGGAGACCACAGGCAUCACGACCCAAGUGCGUACCUCCUACCUGCCGGAGGAGAUACUCUGGGGCCAUAGGUUCGUGCCCAUCGUGACUGAGGAAGAGGGCAGGUACGCGGUUGACUAUUCCAAGUUUGGCAACACCGUGAAGACUAACAUGCCCCUGUACAGCGCGAUGGCGCGAGAGAGGCAGGGGAGAAGUGAGCGCAGGGACAAUGGGCCAAAACAUCGGCUGACUGCUCUGCGCAGAAGGAGCUCCUCGGAGAUCAUCAACUCAUCGCCAGCGGGCGUAAAGUCAUUUGUGCGAUUUCAGUCGGUCGACUGUUUAUCAGGUCUGUAGUUUGUCAUGGGCCUUUGCUCCAUAAAGUCUUCUUCCACACACGUGUUGAACGUUUAGAGUCGUAGAGCACCAAACUGUCCACUUGGCCCAUCCUGUCCAUGCUGAGCCUGAAAGACUGGAGCUGAAAUCAACACUCAUAACCUUAUUAUGUGAUGUUAGCAUUCAUUUCAAGAGACUAGAAUAUAAAAGCAAGGAUGCAAUCUUGGAGGCAUUAUAAAGCUUGGAUUACUGUGAACAGUUUUGGGCCCCCUAUCUUAAAGGAUGUGCUGACACUGGAGAGGGUUCAAAGGAGGUUCACGACAAUGAUUCUGGGAUUGAAAAGCUUGUCAUAUGAAGAGCGUUUGAGGGCUCUGGGCCUAUUCUCAUUGGAAUUCAGAAGACGGAGGGGUGACCUCAUUGAAACCUAUCUAGUGUUGAUAGGUCUCAUUAGAGUGGAUGCGGAGAGGAUGUUUCCUAUGGUGGGGGAGACUAAGACAAGAGGCUCAGAAUAGAGGGGUGUCCCUUUAGAACAGAGACAAGGAGGAAUUUUGUUUCGCCAGAGAGUGGUGAAUCUGUGGAAUUCGUUGCCAGAGGUUUCUGUGGAGGCCGUCAUUGGGUGUA